UUAAUUUUAAAAACCAACUUCAGCCUGAGAGUUUCUGUUCAUGGUCCUGCAGAGUACACGGACUACAUCUAGGCAGGAGUGGAGCUGUGAAGGAAAACAGUCGCCACCAAUGACCCAACACCCACAUCACAACAUUCCCUUUUCGGAAAGGGGCAGCUCUGGACUAGCUCUCCAGUUGGAUACAUGAUGUACACGCAAGAUGGAGUCUCCCAUUUUCCUUCACCGAGGAGGAAUUCAGUUUGCAGCCUCCAAGACAGCUUGGCGAUGUGAAUGAAACCUACAGCAUGGAUAUGAAAGCUGGAGGGAGCUUGCUAAGGUUCUGUCAGACACCAAUGCCCCAGGUGGGGACACAAGCCUUCAGCUGGACUAUCCACAGAAGCUGGCACACCAGAUCCAAGAGCUGCAAAUAGGUGGGAGGAAUAAAUCAAAUUACGCAGCUGUUGACAGCCCUGUCCCAUGGAUGCCAGAGUUCCAGGGCCAGGCCAACCUGCACGUGUUUGAGGACUGGUGUGGCAGCUCCAUCGAGCAGCUCAGGAGAAACCUCCACUUCCCUCUCUUCCCUCAUACAAGAACUAUGCUGAAGAAGUUGGCCGUGUCCCCCAAAUGGACCAACUAUGGUCUCCGGAUAUUUGGUUACUUGCAUCCUUUCACUGAUGGGGAGUUUCAGUUUGCCAUUGCUGCAGAUGACAAUGCUGAGUUCUGGCUGAGUCCAGAUGAAAAGCCCUCUGGUCUCCAGCUGCUGGCCAGCGUAGGCAAGACGGGGAAGGAGUGGACCGCACCAGGAGAGUUUGGGAAAUUUCACAGCCAGAAGUCAAACAUGGUGAGGUUGUCAGCAGAGGGCAGGUACUACUUUGAGGUGCUGCACAAGCAGGACGACAGAGGAACAGACCAUGUGGAAGUAGCAUGGAGACUGAAUGAUCCAGAAGCAAAGUUCAAAGUCAUUGACUCCCAAUAUCUCUCCCUUUUUGCUAACGAGACGCUUCUGAAGAUGGAUGAGGUUGGGCACAUCCCGCAGACGCUGGCCACUCGCAGGAGCUGGGCUGCUGACAGUGCUGGCAGCAGGGUACACCCGGCUGACAUGUUGAAGCCUGACCCCCGGGACACUCUUUAUGAAGUGCCUCUGCUCAGCAAGUCUCGCGUGCGCCGGGCCCUGCCGGACUGUCCCUACAAGCCCAGCUACCUGGUGAAUGGAUUUCCUCUGCAACGCUACCAGGGGCUCCAGUUUGUUCAUCUGUCCUUUGUUUACCCAAAUGAUUACAGCCGCCUGAGCCACAUGGAGAAAGACAACAAAUGCUUCUACCAGGAAAACCCUUAUUAUUUGGAAAGAUUUGGAUUUUACAAGUACAUGAAAAUGGAUCGGCCAGAGAAGAGCCUGGACUCUGGAGAAAAGACAGAGCAGCCAGGCUCCCAGGAGGGAAACCUGGAUGACCUGCAGUACGAGGAGCAGGACGUGGAGAGCACCAGUGCCCCCGAGCACCCUGGCACAGGGAGGGCAGGGCCAGCGGGCAAGGCUCCCAGCAGCGUGCUGGGCAGUGACAAUAUUCACCAGGACUAUUCCCUCUGGGAGCGCCGCCGGCUCCUCUCAGUGAUGGGUGACGAUGCAGGAGAGGAGAUCCGGAGGAGGAGGACAAAAAGGUCUGGUAUCAAAUCAGCCAUGCUGGCCUCCAGCAACCAAAGCCUCAGCCUGACUGGCCUAGAGGGAAACCCAGUAACGAAGAGACCCCGUUUAAAAGCUGGCGUCAAAGACAAUUCCAGGAACCCUCCGCAGCAUGCCAGGGCCAUCCAGGGGAGAGUGCCUGUCAGAAGGGCAAUCCCUCCUUCUAGGACUGUAUCUCAAAGGCAGCCGUCUCUUGGCCACCCCAGGGACUCAGGGGUUGCAGUUCCCAGCAGGGUAGGACCUCGAGGAGACCUCAGCACCACAAAGGACAGGCUGCAGCCAGCAGGCACUGUGCCAGCUGGGAAAGGAGGCCCAGUCUCUGGCAAAGCCGGGAGGCAGGCGGUGAGUGCUGGCAGCCCCAGCCAGCAGCCCGGGCUGCCACAGUGGCUGAGCCAGGUGCAGUCCUACAUUGCUGAGCAGAAGGUGGCCAAUGAUGGGGAUGUGGGUGAAGGAGAGGCACAGGUGGCGUCUCCUUUGAAGGGCAAGUCUGGAGGAGCAGCAGAGGAGGAAGAGGUGGAUGGAGAGCCAGAGGAGGAAGAUGAGGAGGAUUUUGAUUACGUACCAGUGUUUGACCAGGCAGUCAACUGGGAGCAGACCUUCAGCAUGAGCAACCUGGACUUCCAUAUGCUGCGCACGGACUGGAUUGACCUGAAGUGCAACACCUCGGGAAAUUUGCUGCUAAGAGAAAGGGAGGCUCUGGAAGUUACACGUGUCUUCCUGAGGAAGCUCAACCAGAGGAGUAAAGGGCGCUUCCAGCUGCAGCGCAUCGUGAACGUGGAGAAGCGGCAGGACCGCAUGCGGGGCAGCCGCUACCUGCUGGAGCUGGAGCUGCUGGAGCAGGGCCGGCGCCGCGUCCGCCUCUCCGAGUAUGUCUUCGCGCGGGGCUGGCAGGGCAGCAGCGGCCACGAGGAGGACGAGAGGAGGAUGAGGAACCUGGUGUGGGGCCGCCGGUGGCGCCUGAUGGCUGCGGCCAACGAGCCAGAGCUGUGCUGGCCCCAGGGGUUUUCCUGGAACCACCAGGCCGUGGUUCACUUCGUGGUGCCAGUGAAGAACCAGGCACGCUGGGUACUGCAGUUCAUCUCCGACAUGGAAGAGCUGUUCCGAGUCACCAAGGAUCCCUACUUCAGUGUCAUCAUCACAGACUACAGCAGCGAUGACAUGGAUGUAGAGAAGGCCCUGAAAAGGUCUACCUUGCACAGCUAUCGGUACCUGAAGCUGACAGGGAAUUUUGAGCGUUCUGCUGGGCUGCAGGCGGGGAUAGACCUCAUUACGGACCCGCACAGCAUUGUCUUCCUGUGUGACCUCCACAUCCACUUCCCAGCUGGAGUCAUUGAUUCCAUCAGGAAGCACUGCGUGGAAGGCAAGAUGGCCUUUGCACCCAUGGUCAUGAGGCUGCACUGUGGGAUGUCCCCACAGUGGCCUGAUGGCUACUGGGAGGUGAAUGGGUUUGGUCUCCUGGGCAUAUAUAAGUCUGACCUGGACAAAAUUGGAGGCAUGAACACAAAAGAAUUUCGGGACCGCUGGGGAGGAGAGGACUGGGAGCUCCUCGACAGGAUCUUACAGGCGGGGCUGGAAGUGGAGCGUCUCUCCCUGAGGAACUUCUUCCACUGGUUUCACUCAAAGCGGGGCAUGUGGAACCGACGCCAGCUGAAGACAGUGUAGCCUUCAACCCCAGAGCUGCUUGGCAGCACUGUCCACCAUCUCAUCCAGAUCUGCACUUUACUGGGGCAUGCAGCCGAGUGCCCAAACUCUUCCUCUGCUUCCAGAGACCUCUGAUGGCAUGGCGCAGCUGAGGGAGGGGUUGUCAGGCUGGUGGAGCAGGAGCUUCUCUUGUUAGCUGCUGCAUGCAAGACGUGGGAUCCGCGUGUGGCUGGGAAGGCGUGUGGCAGAGGUGUCAAGGGAAGCACUUGUAUUUCCUGCCAUGCAGUCUGGUGGAAGGUACAGUGGGAGAGGUGCUGUGUUUGCUGUUGAGUCUUGCACCAAACAAACACAAAUCCCACCUAAGCCUAGAAUGGUUUAUUUAGAGCAAUGCAGCUUCUGUUUCAAAACUUGAAUGAAAAAAAUAAUAGCAAAGAACCCACAACCGUCCCCAUUUCCUCUCCUUUGCCAUCUCUCCAGUACCCAUUCUUUUGGACAGGAGACCAAAGUUCUCUGAUCUGUAUUGCACCCACAUGCCCAUGUGCUGACUUAAGGAAAUCUGGAUGCAGAGGAGCUGAUAAGCACUUUAGGCUGCUGGUGCUUAGAUGUUUCUCUGUGCUUUUCACUUCGGUUAUUAUGAAAAAUUGUGCUCGUGUUCAGCAAAUUAUGGGCUGUGGAUGGCGUUGUGAAUACAUUUCCCUUACAGGAGCUACAGUUUGCCUGUAGCUAGGUGAGCUGGCAAGGGUGAUGUUACAAUUCCACCUCAAUUAUUGACCCACUGCCUGAGGGUAUUGGAGGGGCUAUACAGAGAAGCUAACAGAGCAUCUCAGGAGGAACUUUGCAGCCUUAUCUGACAGACAUGUGUUUGUCCUAACAAUAUCAGGGAAACCCUAGCAGGGAAGAAGUGGCAAUAUUUUAUUAGUUGAAGUAUUGUGAUUUGUCAGAAGAGGAGACAGAGUCUUCUGCUCUCAAAAUCCUGUACAUUUAUGCAGCAUCUGAAAGUUAAUUUAAUAAGUUAUGGCCUCACAGUUGUGUCUCGUCAUAGUUUGACUCUUAAGUGUAGAGCAGGCUUCUUGGUUGGAGAAGAACACAGCUGUUGGUGCAUCAUUUCUGGAACAGCCCUGGGAGCUCUGGCCUGGUACGGAAGAGGUGGCCUCAGGUCUUGGCAUGUGCACUGGGUGUAACAAACAGUGAGGACAGAAGAGUGAUGAGUGAACAAAAGGAUGGGCAAACCCAUGCUGUCAUUGAUGGAAGAACUGUGGAGAGAGCCCACAGCUGGCCUGGUGCUACAAGGGAAGUCUCAUCCCCUAAAACUCCUGUUAAUGUAAGGCAAGAUGUGUUUUACCCUGUAACCGUUUUAGAAGGCUAUUGAAACCCAGAAAUCCCAGCUCACGCAGUGCUUUACACUGCAGCUUGAGUGUCCCCAUAGCAUGCUGAAAAGAGCUCAAGUUUGAGGGCACAGUUUGACAUAGGGUGCUGCUCAUGGUGCCCUGUUCUGUGGGGAGUUGCUGGGAAGGAGUAAUGGAUGUAUGCAGAAUACAAGCAAAGCUGGCUGGCACUAGACUUUUUUGCUCUUUGCUGAUGGAGUAGAUGCCAAUUCAGAAUAGGCAUUCAUUUAUUACUGUGUCUGUGGUGCUUGACAAGUCCAUCAGGUUCCACUAUUGCAGUCGAAAAGUGAACAUACAAGUUCUGGCACGUGAGAUAGAAAUCAUGUCAAAUCAUCUGUUUGCAUCAGUCUGGGUUUUGUGAGUGAUGGAUUUAGAAAAAGUCAACCAGAUACCAGAAAGUUCUGCUGUGCAGUGUGCAGUUGUGGUGAGAAGUAGACAGGAGAUGGCUGUGUUUCUGAAUCCAUGGAGCCUUUGCCAGAAUGGAGACACUGAAUAUCCCAGAACAGGCAGCCUUAGCCAGCUGCCCAAGCCAGAGUAGUCUUCCUCUUGAGGGAAAAUACUUUACCCACACAGAUACUAAGAAAUUAAAUCAUGGCAGUUGGGGUGAGAGGGAAGAGGCUGACAACAGUCAACACUUUCAAAAAUUAUUUUCUUUUUUUUUUUUUUUUUGGAAGUAUUAUAGGAGUUUGUGAGACCAGAGCCCUGUGAUGCUAUGUUGCAAUAAGCUCUGUUUCUCCCUGGAAUGUGCAGUGUCAGUCAUGCUCUCAAUGCAAGUCAGAGCCUGUGCUUCCCUCAGACGCAGGCACAACUCCUCGAGUGUGUAGGUGAGCUGCUUUCCAGGCUCCAGGAGUGUGCCUGCACAGCCUGUCCAGGCUGGCUGUGUCACGCAAUGCCUGUGGAAUGGGGAGAGGCUCUCGGGAGGGCGAGUGCCCGGACAUGGCCAGGCAUUAGCAGCAGCAGCUGUCUGGGCCCAUCACGCUGGGAACACCACGGUGCCCGGUCUGCACAUGGAGAACUGCUGGAUUUGGUGGCAGCCUGGAAGUCAAGCACGGGGAGGAGGAGUUAUUUGUAUCGUGUGCUUUCACACAUGGCUGUGGAUAUGGUCUGCAGCACCUAAAGUUUGCAGCUGGCAUCCAUCUCUGGAUGCUGGCAAGAAUUAGGAGCAUCCAGAAGGUAAUUCACUUGGCAUAAAUGCUGUGAGUCUUCCCCACCACAGAGGACAGCCAGCAACGAGUGGAAUGGACAGCAGGGUGCUCCCCUCAGUGCAGCACUGCCAGCAGAAUUUGAGGAUUUUGCCCCCAUUUUUCAGCUGUGACUGUACUCCUUCCUUCACACCCUGUAACCCAGGCCAGUGGUAAGCAGAACUACCUCGUGAGGACUCCUUGAUGGAGAUGUAAGGAGUUCCUGGUUUUCAGUCCAGUUUCCUGAUGGCCAGUUUCCCCACUGUCAAAGCUGCUAUCUCAAAUGUUCUUCCCUUCCAGUGGGAAUACUCAGUUGGUAUCCAAGAAAGUAGUAAAUGUGAUUAAUACAAAUUGGCACUAGCUGGCAGCCUCCAUGGAGGAGUUUGGAGAGGCCAUGGGAAUAAAAACUCUUCCAGCCCACAUGCUCAGAGACCUCACUGGGAGGUGAGAAGGGGCUCCACACUCCCCAGCUUACUGGCCAGCAGCAAACCUUGCAGGAGCAGCUCUGGGCUGCACUCUGAGGCUGAUGCCUCUCUUCCAAAGCAAGCUGCAGUUUUUCUCCCCAGACAGGCACAAAGAGGGGGAAAGCAGGAAACAGCAGGAGCAGAUCCCUCAGCUAUGCAGUGAAAGGACAUGGCCAGGAAGCUGACUCCCCUCAACAGUUGGUCACAUUUCUGUCACCAGGAUCUUUUUAGGAAGCUGAGCUGGAGUUUCUGGCCUUCGUGUGCAUCCUGGCUGUGUCCUGCUUGGACAGCUGGAGGAAGUCAGUUGCAGAGGAUUUUCCUUGCAUCAGGCCAGGAGCAAGCUGCUCCGGAAGCUCUGUGGCUGGGGAGAUGAUGGACAGUCCUGCAAAAGAGACCUUCUCCAGGGUAGGAUGUGACCAGGCUGGGGAGUCUGGGCCACCAAAUGUGAGGUGCAGAGCAAAGGGGCUCUGCCUACAGAUGUGACUGUGUAUUCAGGACUGGAGUGUGGUGCUCAUGCUCACUUUGCAGGUCAGCAAGGGAAUGAAGAAGGGCUGGCUUUUAAUCUGAGCAAAGUGUAUUGUGUGAAAAUUAUUAUUUGUUUCAUCAUUGUCUUAAUGUUUGCCUGGCAUGAACAUCUCUCCUCAUUGCCUACAAAUGUCUGAAGUUGAUUGUUUUUUUAGAUACAGAUGCCUUGUGUUGAAAAUCUGACUUGUACCUGCCUUAAAGUGGCUCUGUGCCUUCAAGAUGACUCCUGGGCCACCUCUCUGUUGGAGCUGGAGGAUAUUCAGAUUCUCCCUUGUGUUUUAUAAAUACAUUGUCUUCCUACAAGAGCUCUCUUCUGUCUGUGUGUUCACUUGCACCUGCAUCACUGUGCAGCAGGAAUUAGGAUCCAGGUGUGCUCCUCUGUCUGCAUUAGCUGGAAGCACAGGCAGUACCGGAGAGAUCACUCUCAGCAAGAGCUCUGCAGCAAGGGGUGGGUGGGAGAUGCUGUGGGCAAGGUUAGCCCUGCUUCAGUCCCCUCUAGAUCUGUGGAAAAUGGGAUGGCAACAAAACAGUUUUCCUCCUGUCUACAUGGGUUUAUUGUGUAAAACAAGGUGAAAACAGUGGGCAAAUACACGCUCCAGCAAAGCGUGAGUGUGUGAUGAGAGAAUGUGGAAAACACAGUGGCUCUCGUGGCAAGCAGAGGACAGUUCCUGGAGAAGACCACAGGUGGGACUCUUAGACCUGAGCUCAGUACUUGGCACAGCCUACACAAAUGGGAGGUCAGCUUUUUCACAGCAACUGCUUAUUUGAAUUCAAUCUUGGCCCAUCUUCACUUCAACUGUGCCUUCUUUGAGUCUCAAAAGCUUGGCAGCAAUGGGAGUCACACACAAAGAGGGGAAAAGGCAGCCAAGGUUGCUAAUUGAGAGUAGGAUUUCGCUAUAACAAGAAAUUAUUAAUAUUAAAGGAGAUGGAGGGAAAGUACUCCAGUGUGUUGGAAUUCCAGCCUUUGCUUGCCUGGGAUGAGUGGCAGGGAGCCUCCUCUGCUCGUGCAGGCCUCACGUGCUGCCAUACCCAAUCCAGUAGCUCUCUGAAAUGAUGAUGAAGUUAUGAUCUACUAAUGAAAUUCCCCUCAUGGUUCUUUCCCAGAUGAAUCUUUUCUAUUUUCCCCUCUCUUUACAUUAGUCAUCAAUGCUAAUUGCUUUCCCUCCUGCUCCAUGAAGCAGUGAGUCCUGGGGUUUGGGGUCUGCAUGCAGGAUAUGUAAUUUUUUACCUUUCCAUGAACCCAGCCAGCAGUGGCAGACAGCCCUUGGCUUGUGGUUUUGCUGUGCCUACAACUCAUUCUGCUACCUCUAGAAUGAAGCAUUUUUCUAAGGGAGGCAGGAUAACAGGCUUCCCAGAAACAUCCACCCCUCUCUGCUGCCAGUCAAAGCGAAGACUGAGGACCAAGUUGAGCAGCAAACUCAGAGUCACCCCAGACCUGUCAUCCCCAAGAAAAAGUGGAGGACGAGUCUCUGCCUGCUUCACCUAACAGAUCUGAGACUGUGCUCAGCUUUACCACCUCAGGUUCUGGUAAAUACAUAACUAGUAUUUUCCACCCUACCCUUAUUGUGCAACUUUCCUGCAGCUCAAAAAAGUCACUGUCAGUUUCAGGUGCUGAGCUGCUGCUGCCCUGUGGCCUUACCCACCAGUUCGUGGGCAAGAUCAUUCACACCCUCUCAGAAGAAGCACCACGUGUGACUGACACAAAUUUGGUUUUGUAAAGACAAAUGCAGAAUACAAAUGAAAUCUGUUUCUAAGUGUCAGACGUUCCCAGUAGCUCCCAAAGACUGAUGUGGGGAUGCUUUCAUGGCAUUUCUCUCUCGGCGUGGCAAGGAUAUACAAAAUGAGAAGUCCAUAUUAAACUCUGAUUCUGCAGUACAAUGGAAAAGUUAUUUAAUAAUCAAAAGAACAUGUAAUUAUUUAAAUAGGCUUAUGUAAGGCUAUUAAAAUACCAUUUUUUACAAUGACUAUAGAGUUUAAAAAUUUAGGAAUGAAAAUUUUUACUCUUUCAUAAAAAUCUUGAAACUCAUUAAUUCAAAGGAUUUUUUUCUUACAGAAACAAAUUAUUCUAAUACAAGAGAAUUACCAGAGCUGUCAUUAUAAACCAAAUACAUUUUAAAACAUUUAUAUUAGCGAUAAGAAUAAAUCAUAAUGGUGAUUUUUUAAACUAAAGUAAUAAGCUAUUCAACUGUCAUUUUUCAUUGCAGCAAUAAGCCUAGGCCGUGUCCUUCUGUAAAAGGUUUCUUCAUUUUCCAUUAAGUAUUGUCAGGCUAUUCUGACAUAAUUCCUGAUAGGUCAUUGAUGAUGACAUCAGACCACAAUAACUAUUUUCUGUCCUUGUUAAUAUUUCAGUGCUGGAAAGAUCUGAUUGUUUUCUUAACUAUGUCACAUUUUAUUUUAAAUAACUAGGAAAACAUUUGAACUGGUUCUAGCUACCUUUGUGUACACACACCAUUCUAUCCUCCUAGGAAAACUUCUUUUUUAGUUUGAGAAAUCCAUUCCAAAAUUUGGGAGGUAAACUAUUACAUAGAAUUGCUUUAAGGGCAUCAACUUAUGUUUGAGACAAAAAAAAA